CCACAAUGUCCGCUCCGCUUCUUAUCGUUUUCACACAUCCAUGCUGUGGCUUGGUUCGUCGAGAUGAUGUCCGCAAGAGACUCUUCCCCUCAUCUCCCACGGCGGGGGAAACGUGAGCGGCGCAGCGAGCUUAUCCGUGAGAGAGAGGUGCACCAAUACCUCCCACCCCAUGAGCCCUCGGCCGAAAAAGCAUCAUCAUCAGAUAUUCUAACAGACCUUGCUCAGCUAACCGCGCUGCAAGUGGGUGCUGAUCGUGCCGUUAUUUCGAUAUGCGAUCGCAAGAACCAGUAUGUCCUGGCUGAGACGCCCUCAGUCGCUCACAACAAGCGCGAACUGCGUCGUGACAACACCGCGCCGUGUGAUUACGCUAUGAUAGCGUUCAUCGAAGACAAUACAGAUUUGUUUAUGGUCGCGGACCUUGCGCAGGAUUCGAAAUUUGAUGCCCAUUGGUCAACACUCUCCCGGAAUCGCUUUUAUCUUGCAGUGCCAAUUCGAACUCCAGCUGGCGUUGUUAUCGGUAUUAUAGAGUUAUAUGGGAGCGCCCAGCACGAUAAAAUAGAUGAUGACCAGUCACGACUUCUCCAAGAUCGGGCGGGUACUGUGCUGGACUAUCUGGCGACAUUGCGAACAAUGCGCGAAGAGCAUCGUGGUGAGAGAAUGAUCAAGGCGUUAGGUGCCUUCAUGGAAGGAAAGUCAGAUAUCGAUGAAUGGGUGGUCUCUAGCCUGCCUGUGCGGCAACAUCUCGGCUUUGAAUCAUCUCGAUCAGUUGACCCUGCGAGUUCCAUCCAUUUUGCCAACAGUCAGAAGACGCUAGAUAUACCUCCAUCGCAUAUUCCUCAAAACGAAUUGGGCAUCCCAUUGCGUGGUCGCCCAAAUUCAUAUCGCUCCCGCUCACCCCCACGCAGAACAAGGAGAGAGUCUCUAACUUCCGAAGAGACUUAUUCGGUUCUUCACAGGGCAUCGGUUUUAAUUCGACAGGCGCUGGAUGUGGAUGGCGUUGCAUUUCUGGAUAUUAGUGCGUUCAACCAGGAGCGCCAUGGUCUCUCACCUAAAGUGUCGGGCAACUCACGGCCCCGAUCCCCGGAUAUGGCCGAGGACGAAAGCUCGGCGGGCCAUGUGUUGGGUUAUUCUACAGUUCCAGGUCACAAUCAGGAUAUAAAUAUUUCGAUGUCACUUUUGGGAGAUUUAGUCCAACGGUAUGGGAGGGGUGGUAUCUUUCAUCUUGAUGAAGACAAGUUUUCGCCUUUGAGCGACGAGUGCUCGUCGGACAUCGAUGGGUCUUGCUCUUCGUUAGAAAAUAUGGCGUCGAGUUACUAUGGUAUUGACAUGCGUCAGAUUUCUCAACCAUUUUCGGAAGCAAACAGCAUUGCAUUUUUUCCUCUUUGGGAUUUUCAACAAAAUCGCUGGUUUGCGGGCUGUUUCGCGUGGACCAAAGAUUCCGGGCGUCUCUUUGCUGAGUCCACAGAUUUAACGUAUCUUGCGGCGUUCAAUAACAGCGUCAUGGCAGAAGUUUCCCGUCUAGACCUGCGAGCCGCGGAUCGCGAAAAGGCUGAUUUUAUCUCGUCAGUGUCACAUGAGUGGCGGUCUCCCCUACAUGGCAUACUCACUAUGCUUGAUAUGCUUCAAGAGACCAAGGUGACGAAUGUCCAACGGUCCUUGAUUGACAUAACCAUGAAUUGUGGGAAAACUCUCCUUGACACUGUUAAUCAUGUCUUGGAUUAUGCCAAAAUCAAUAGCCUUCUUGGACCAACGACUCACGAUCGACCGCUGGAGAAUGCCGAAACAGCUCAAGGGUCCCAUUUUAAUGCCCCUGCUUUGAUCGAUAAGGUGAAUAUGGCUACCUUGGUCGAAGAGGUGGCCGAAGCGCUGCUCGCCAGCCAGGACUACAUGGGUCGCAAUGCGGAGGCUCUUUUCUCUGCCACAAAACAAACGGCCGACCGGCCGUUUCGCGAGUCAAAUAUCCCCAACUCCGUCCCGAGGGCAAUUUUUGCGAUCGUGGAUAUUGAAUGUCGAGAAGGCUGGGAAUGCCAUGUCUCUGCUGGUGCCUGGCGGCGGAUCGUACUGAAUCUCCUUGGCAACGCACUGAAGUUCACACCAUCUGGCUUUAUUCAGGUGAAGCUCCGACAUGACACAGUGAAGGUCGGACACAAUCACCUGCCGGCUAUUCUCCUCCAAAUAAGCGAUUCGGGACGGGGAAUCUCGCCCGACUUUACCUUUUCAAACCUUUACACGCCGUUUCAGCAGGAAGAUUCUCUCUCGCCAGGCAUUGGUGUUGGACUCAAUGUAGUCUAUCGUAUCGUAGAUUCGAUGCAUGGAUUAAUAGACCUAAAGAGCGAACCUAACCGAGGAACUGUGGUUAACGUCCUGCUGCCUAUAACCCCAGCCUCGCGACCGUCCUCACCUUCCAUUCCGUAUGGGGGCCUACGCGAGAAAUUGCAAGGGAAAACCAUAACUCUCUUUCCCAACAGCUCCAAAUAUGGAGACUUAAAGAUAGCCCCAGAUAUCUUUAAUACAAUUUUGCUGAGCAUGGAAAAGAUGAUCACCCAAUGGUUUGGAGUGCGUGUUCUUUCGCCCAGUGAACGGGAUCGCGAACAUCCGGAUAUUUUCAUCAUCACUGAGCAUGAAUACCGCUAUGGCGAGGUUGAAGAAAGUGCAGUCACUUAUUCUAGGAAGUCGAAGGCCCGGAGAAAUCCUAAAAUGUCGUUUCCCAAGAUUGUGCUCUGCACACAUGCCCAUAGUUGGUUCAAUGAACCCCGAGAUCCCUCGGAGUCGGUUGUUUUUCUUCAGCAGCCGAUUUGCCCUAAGACUCUAGCUUCUGCUUUGACGAGCUGUAUUGAGAAAAGGACUCAGCUGCGUGAAGCGGGUGACGACAGAGUGCACGAACCAACCACAGCCACCCUCGAAGAUACCUACCAGCGUCAACUGCAAAUCGCCGCAUCUACAUCGCCAGAAGACGCAGAACAAAAUCACAAGGACUCAGAUACGAGUAGUUCGUUUGUUCAUGAACGAGAACUCACAAACAACCAGGACACUGUAGCUUCUAAUCAGAACAACCCAAUUAGACAACGGAAGGUUCUCCUUGUCGAAGACAAUGACUUGAAUCUCAAGAUUCUACAAACUACUAUGAAAAAAGCCGGGUUUUCUUAUGAAAGUGCUCUAAACGGACUUGAGGCAGUACAGAAAGCGGAGAGCGAGACCUUUCAAGCAAUUAUCAUGGACCUCUCCAUGCCCGUCAUGGAUGGUGUAACCGCGUCUCGAAAGAUACGCGAGUAUGAAAAUAGUAAUUCAUUACACCCAGUGACGAUUAUCGCAUUGACUGCAGUUGAUACUCCGGCCAUGAAGAGAGAUGCAAUGAGGAGUGGUAUCGAUCUCUUUCUCACGAAGCCAGCCAAUAUGAAUCGGCUAAAAGAGAUUAUCUCUUCGCUGCCAACCUGAUUGUUUCUCGGAGGUUCGUGGCUCACAGUCUUAGACACGGAGUGAUGCGGGCUAUUAGCUGGUAACACCAUUCCUGUUGAUUGGGCCACCCUUGGGGGUCAAGGCCAGGAAUAUUAACAUGGUCCCUUUUGUGGUCUUCGGCACAAUACAUACGUGUACCGAGACUCGAUCGGUU